AUGACUGGGCCAUGUUGUUUGUGUGUGACUCUCCUGCUUCUCCUGCACAGAGCAGACUCUGAAAGUUUUGAGGUUCUUGGUCCGACUCGUGCCAUUGCUGCUGUGGCUGGUGAUGACAUAAUUCUGCCCUGUUACAUCAAACCCAACAUCAGCGCUGAGAACAUGAGAGUUGUCUGGUUCAGAUUCAACCUCACAGUCCAUCAGUCAAACAUUCACGUCCAUCUCUACCAAGACGGCAGAGACAAAUACCAUGAUCAGAUCCGCUCCUACGAGGGAAGGACAUCAUUGUUUAAAGAGGAACUGAAGAAGGGCAGCACCUCUUUGAAACUGACCAGGGUACAAGGCACUGAUGAUGGACUUUACAAAUGUCUUGUUCAGUCUAAGACAUAUGAUGAUGCCACCAUUCAAGUCUACAUAACAGCUAUAGGAUCCAAGCCAGAGCUUUCCAUUGAGGGACAGAAAGAAGGAGGGAUGGGUCUGCUGUGUGUAUCUAAAGGCUGGUUCCCUGAGCCUGAGUUGGAGUGGCUGGACAGUGAAGGGGUCACUCUGUCUGCUGGACCUUCAGAGACAGACAGGGACUAUGAGGUGUUCUACAUAGUCAAACUAAAGACCAUCGUAAAGGAGACUGACACCAACCACUUUACCUGCAGACUCAGACAGAGGCAACUCAGUGAGCAGAUCAACAUGGAGACAGAGUUUCACAUCCCUAUGGAUGUGACUUUAGACCCAGAUACAGCACAUCAUAACCUCAUCCUGUCUGAAGACAGGAAACAAGUUAAACGUAUAACAAAACAAGAGAGGUUUGAUAAAGUUCACUAUGUCCUGGGAAAGGAAGGUUUCUCCUCAGGGAGAUUCUACUAUGAGGUGCAGGUGGAGGGGAAGACUGGGUGGACUUUAGGAGUGGGGGUGUUUGUGGAUUAUGAGGAGGGUCAGGUCUCCUUCUACAAUGUGGAGGCCAGGUCUCAUAUCUACUCUUUCACUGGCUACACCUUCACUGAGAAACUUUAUCCAUUAUUUUAUUCUGAUACUAUUUAUAACAGGUCACUGGUCAUCACUCCUGUAGAUGUCACUGACUGACUGUUUUAUACCAAACAUUGAAAUACUGUGUGUGUGUGUGUGUGUUACUCACAGUCUGAAUGAAUUGGAAUGUGUUUAUCACUAUAUGAUUAUACUAACAGAGAGGAAAUUCACCUUGUAUAAUUUAUGCUGAAUGUCAUCCUUUUGUGGUGGCAGAAUUUGGGGUGAGCUGUUGUAACUUCUCAAGGGAUAUGUUCUGUGUUGGACUGUGAUGUUACGCCUUUCAUAGACUCCUGGUAUGUCUGCACUCUAACACAAGGCCAUUGUGUUCUGGAACUGUUGCUUGUAUAAAUAACUGUUGUGUAACAAUAUGAUUGUAUUGUCACC